AUGAACAUUUUUUUAUCUGGUAAUGACUUACAAAAGCAUCUACGAGCACAAUGUUAUUCCGACCAGAUUCGAAAGCAAAUAUUCGAAUCGACUGCUCAUGUAAAAAAUCCAAAACAUCAAUUAGCAAUUCAAGUUAUAUUGUGGCAAAAUAAAAUAUUUUUUGAUCCUUCGUCGUCAAUUAUUAAUAUUCCUCCACAAUUGGCAAUUAGAACUGGUGAUCAUCCACCUAUCUAUUCAAAACAAUAUCCAGCUUCAUACAAAGAUCUAGACAUUAAAUUUCAAGAAACACAAAAAUUAUUAGAACGUGGUCAAAUUGAAGAAUCAACUUCUCCAUGGUCAUCACCGAUCGUUCUUGUUAAGAAAAAAGACAAAACCAUGCGAUUUUGCAUUGAUUACCGUUGGUUAAAUGCUAUUAUAAUUAAAGAUGCAUUUCCAUUUCCUCGAAUUGAUGAAAUAUUUGAUCAAUUAUCCGAUGCAAUGUAUUAUACAAAAUUUGAUUUUAAAUCUGGAUAUUUCCAGAUUCCUCUAUCUAAAGAGGACCGACCGAACACGGCUUUCUCUACGCGAGACAAUCAUUAUCAAUUUACAGUUCUUCCUCAAGGAAUAGCAAAUGGUCCAGCAACAUUUCAACGUGUUAUUUACCAUAUGUUAGGUCCUACACGAUGGAAAUAUGCAUUAGCAUAUAUUGAUGAUGUAAAUAUAUAUUCAAAAAAAAAAUUCAAAGAACAUUUAUCACAUCUCAAUGAAAUUUGUCAAAUAUUAAAAAAUACUCGAUUUCGUCUUAAUCCAGAAAAAUGUGAAAUUGCUCGAACACAAACUGAUUAUCUUGGACAUCGUAUACAAAAUGGUGAAAUUCGUCCAAGUCUUACCAAUAUACAUGGUUUAAUAAAUACAAGAUUAUCACAAACGACAGAUGAAGCUUGUAAAUUCGUUAAAGCUGCUGAAUAUUAUAGAAAAUUUAUUCUAAAUAUUUCUCAAAUUUCUGAACCUCUUAGAAAAUUCGUUCCAACUACCAGAACUCAAGAAAAUAAAGGACAAAAAACUAUUAUUACAUUGACAAAUGAUGAACUUAAAGCAUUCCAACAAUUAAAAAAUUUUCUUACAACUGAUCUGAUAUUACGACUGCCAAAUGAUAGAUUCCCAUUUAAAGUACAAACUAAUGCAUCUGAUGAGGAAAUCGGUGCGGUAUUCGGAAUUAAAUUUACAUGGGAAACUGAUUAUAAAGCACUCACACAAUUAAAUCAAAAAGCACAACUCAAUAAACGUUGUGAAAGAUGGAGAUUAAAAAUUUUAGAAUACGAUUUCAAGGUAAAAUACAUUCCUGAUUCAAUUAAUUUAAUACCUGAUUAUUUAUCAAGAUCUCCAGUAGAAGAUGCUGAAGAAGAUCCAGAUGAAAUUACUUAUGUUACUUCUCAAUCAACACAAACUGAUUUUGAAUUCCAUAACCCAUACUUUCCUGUUAUUACUGUUGUCGACACUCGCUCUUCUAAAUUACGUAAUACAAUAUUGGAUAAUUCCACAAAUACAUCAAAAUUUAGUAUCAGAUUCUCCAACGAAAGAGAAUCGAAUUAUUACAGUUGUUCAACUGAACCACUAAUUCAAGCUCAAAAAAAUGAUGAUUAUGCAAAGAAUAUCAUCCAAAACAUCAAAAAACACAAACAAUAUUUUAUAAAAAACAAUAUUUUAAUGCGUCGUUUAAAUCCUCUAGUCCCCUAUGUACCACAAGGUGAACUUCGUCGAACAAUAUUAAAAAUUUAUCAUGAUACUGCACCAAAUGAUGCACAUUUCAGAAAGGAUAAAAUAAUAUACAAAAUUAAAACAUGUUAUUUUUAG